CGAUGGACUAACGGAUUAGAAGAAUUCUCCUAGCUCUGAGAGAAUCCCUAAUCAGAACAAAGCACUGUGCACUUGAAAUGGAAUUUUCCUGGGGAAGUGGCCAGGAAUCCCAGCGCUUGCUUCUUUCUUUUCUGCUUCUUGCAAUCUGGGAGGCAGGGAACAGCCAGAUCCACUACUCCAUCCCUGAGGAGGCCAAACACGGCACCUUCGUGGGCCGCAUCGCGCAGGACCUGGGGCUGGAGCUGACGGAGCUGGUGCCCCGCCUGUUCAGAGUGGCGUCCAAGGACCGCGGAGACCUUCUGGAGGUAAAUCUGCAGAAUGGCAUUUUGUUUGUGAAUUCUCGGAUCGACCGGGAGGAGCUGUGCGGGCGGAGCGCGGAGUGCAGCAUCCACCUGGAGGUGAUCGUGGACAGGCCGUUGCAGGUUUUCCACGUGGAGGUGGAGGUGAGGGACAUUAACGACAACCCUCCCAGGUUCCCAACAACACAAAAGAAUCUGUUCAUUGCAGAAUCAAGGCCACUUGACACUUGGUUUCCACUAGAGGGCGCUUCAGACGCAGAUAUCGGAAUCAAUGCUGUACUGACUUACAGACUGAGUCCAAAUGAUUACUUUUCUUUGGAAAAACCAUCCAACGACGAACGGGUAAAAGGUCUUGGACUUGUAUUACGGAAAUCUUUAGACCGGGAGGAAACUCCAGAGAUAAUUUUAGUGCUUACUGUCACGGACGGAGGAAAGCCAGAGCUGACCGGCAGUGUUCAGUUACUCAUCACUGUGCUGGAUGCCAAUGAUAAUGCUCCAGUUUUUGACAGAUCUCUGUAUACCGUGAAAUUACCAGAAAACGUUCCAAAUGGGACAUUGGUAGUCAAAGUCAAUGCCUCAGAUUUAGACGAAGGGGUAAAUGGGGAUAUUAUGUACUCAUUUUCUACAGAUAUUUCACCAAAUGUGAAAUACAAAUUCCACAUAGACCCUGUUAGCGGAGAGAUUAUUGUAAAGGGAUACAUUGAUUUUGAAGAAUGCAAAUCCUAUGAAAUUCUCAUAGAGGGAAUUGACAAGGGACAACUUCCACUCUCUGGGCACUGUAAAGUCAUUGUACAAGUUGAAGACAUCAACGAUAAUGUUCCAGAAUUGGAAUUCAAAUCUCUAUCACUUCCAAUACGAGAGAAUUCUCCAGUGGGCACUGUCAUCGCACUCAUUAGUGUGUCUGAUCGGGACACGGGUGUCAACGGGCAGGUGACCUGCUCCCUGACAAGUCAUGUCCCCUUCAAGUUGGUGUCCACAUUCAAGAAUUACUAUUCGCUCGUGCUGGACAGCGCCCUGGACAGAGAGACAACAGCGGACUAUAAGGUGGUGGUGACAGCGCGGGAUGGGGGCUCUCCCUCGCUGUGGGCCACGGCUAGCGUGUCUGUUGAGGUUGCUGACGUGAACGACAAUGCACCUGUGUUCGCGCAGCCCGAAUACACGGUGUUCGUGAAGGAGAACAACCCGCCUGGUGCGCACAUCUUCACGGUGUCAGCGAUGGAUGCGGACGCACAGGAGAACGCGCUGGUGUCCUACUCGCUGGUGGAGCGGAGGGUGGGCGAGCGCUUGCUGUCGAGCUAUGUGUCUGUGCACGCGGAGAGCGGCAAGGUGUUCGCGCUGCAGCCUCUGGACCAUGAGGAGCUGGAGCUGCUGCGGUUCCAGGUGAGCGCGCGGGAUGCUGGUGUACCUGCCCUGGGCAGCAAUGUGACUCUGCAGGUGUUUGUGCUGGACGAGAAUGACAACGCGCCCACACUGCUGGAACCUGAGGCAGGAGUCUCUGGUGGAAUCGUGAGCCGGUUGGUGUCCAGAUCAGUGGGUGCAGGCCAUGUGGUGGCUAAGGUGCGCGCGGUGGAUGCAGACUCUGGCUAUAAUGCAUGGCUCUCUUAUGAGCUGCAAUCGUCAGAAGGCAAUUCCCGUAGCCUUUUCCGCGUAGGUUUGUAUACGGGCGAGAUUAGUACUACGCGCAUACUGGAUGAAGCAGAUUCGCCACGUCAGCGCCUUCUGGUGCUGGUGAAGGACCAUGGUGACCCAGCAAUGAUUGUUACCGCCACAGUGUUGGUGUCUCUGGUAGAGAAUGGCCCGGUACCAAAGGCUCCAUCGCGAGUAUCCACGAGUGUCACACACUCUGAGGCGUCACUGGUGGAUGUCAACGUGUACCUGAUCAUUGCCAUCUGUGCAGUGUCCAGCCUGCUAGUGCUCACGCUGCUGCUGUACACAGCGCUGCGCUGUUCCACUGUCCCCAGUGAGAGCGUGUGCGGGCCUCCAAAACCGGUAAUGGUGUGCUCCAGUGCAGUGGGGAGCUGGUCAUACUCCCAACAAAGGAGGCAAAGGGUGUGCUCUGGGGAGUACCCACCUAAGACCGACCUCAUGGCCUUCAGCCCCAGUUUAUCUGAUUCAAGGGACAGAGAGGAUCAAUUGCAGUCUGCAGAGGAUUCCUCUGGAAAGCCCCGGCAGCCCAACCCUGACUGGCGCUACUCUGCCUCGCUAAGAGCAGGCAUGCACAGCUCUGUGCACCUGGAGGAGGCUGGCAUUCUACGGGCUGGUCCAGGAGGGCCUGAUCAGCAGUGGCCAACAGUAUCCAGUGCAACACCAGAACCUGAGGCAGGAGAGGUGUCCCCUCCGGUGGGCGCCGGUGUCAACAGCAACAGCUGGACCUUUAAAUACGGACCAGGCAACCCCAAACAGUCCGGUCCCGGUGAGUUGCCAGACAAAUUCAUUAUCCCAGGAUCUCCUGCAAUCAUCUCCAUCCGGCAGGAGCCUGCUAACAACCAAAUUGACAAAAGCGAUUUUAUAACCUUCGGCAAAAAGGAGGAGACCAAGAAAAAGAAGAAAAAGAAGAAGGGUAACAAGACCCAGGAGAAAAAAGAGAAAGGGAACAGCACGACGGACAACAGUGACCAGUGAGGCCACCAAAUGGAAACAAGCCACUUAGCCAGUUUUUGUAAUAAUGGCAAAUCUCUCCCAUGUAGCAACUCCCCGCUCCUUUCUCCUAUGACAUGAGCCCUCAGAAAUCUGCAGAAAGUUCCCUGUGUCUGUCUUGAUCGCAUUUAACAGGUUUUGUCUUAAAAAGCUUUCCUAAGUCUGGUGUUAACUCUCUCUCUCUCCACUCUGGCUUGUUUUCAGAACCUAAAAAGCAGACCCAGGUUUCCUUUCUCCCCCGCCGCAAAGGAGAAGCUUCCCAGCCCCGCCAGUGAGAGUUGGACUCUCUGCCCUGUGCUUCAAGCAUCCUGUCUUGAUGAUAUUUGCAGGGCAGGCUGAAAGGUAUUCAGGUUGAGCAGUUGGGUGUUUGUGGUCACUGGGUAUGUGUGGCUACCAAGAGUGUUGGAGAGCCUGGUAUUGGCUGGGAUGGUCCAGAUUAGACUAGUUAACACAAGGAGGGCUGGGGCUCAAAGGCACAUCAACACCGGGAGUCUUUCAUCUGGAGGGGGAAAAUGUGAAACUUACAAGGACCAGACUUUCUCAAUCUCUCAACUAGACAUAUGAUGGCCAUCCUCUAACAGACAAAACCAUCCCCACCGGCAAAGCUUUAGGAGCCCCUCAAGUGUGCUGGCUAUAACAUCACUGUAUUCAAAACCUGCAGUAUGCACACGAGCCAGCAGUUCAAGCGUUUAACAAGAGGGUCGGCCAGGGCAACAGAAGCAGAUCUGAUGUGUUUCCUGUACACGUCCUUGUGCUCACGCUAUUAAAAAUUCUUUUGCACACAAUGUUUAUGAAAAGGUCUCAUCCUUUUCCAACAACACAUAUGCAAAAGCAAAAGAAAAACCCAAGACCUCACUUUAUGCUGUUUGUUGUUUGAUAGAUUUAUUAAAAAGAAAAGAGAAAGUCGAUAGCUAUAAAUCUUUAAAGGAAUAUGAUGAAUACAAUCCCCCCAACCUUCCCUCAAAAGAGAAUCCAGUCUACAGCCAUUUGAAAUGAUCGUUGCUGCUACAGAAGUGCUUUAAGAGAAUUGCCUGGAACAUCUGUAUUAUCCCGGCCACCUGCCAAUCACAGCUUUACUCUUUCAGGUCACUCUGGGGCUGCCUCUUGCAUGUAUUAAUUACUAAAUAGAAGGAUCUUUCUCUCUUUUCUAAGAAAAAUGAUGUGCACUUUGAUUACACAACCUUCUCUAACCCACGAUAUCAAGACCCAGAAACUGAAGAAAAAUCUUGUUUUCUCAUGCAUACAGUGAGCAGACUUUUCAUUCCUCUGGUUCUGUGGUUGUCUCGGUGUGCUAGCCUACACCUCCACCUUGUUUAGCUUUCCUUUUCUAGAACACUCUGAAUUGCUAACCUUACUAACACCUAUGAUGUUACCUGAAUCAAUCUCCCAUAUGUAUGCUGUAUGCUAUUAUAAGACUCCUGAGAUAUACUUACUCUGUGCUUGUGUAUGUGAAUGUUAAUGCAACUAUUACCUAGAGUGAACUUUAAGCUUUAUUGUUGAAUGUAAGCCCAUUAUAUUUCCUUUUGUACACCUGUGGAAAAGUGGAAUAGUGUUUUUUUUAAAACCAUUGUUAAUCAGCUUUUGUGUAUGAAAGACACAGUAAAAUUUCUUUCUUAAAUCAAGAUGCUGGUGAUUCAAGGAAUUUUAUUUAUGGUCAGCCAAGGGCUGUCUCUUGCCAAGAAUCCUGCUGGCAAGGGAAAAUGGAUAAAGCUGGUUUUUUUUUUUCCUAGUAAGAAUUCUGGAAUAAAUACUGAAGAAAGUCCCUGAGGGUAUGCAAGCACAAAAUUGUACCAAUCUGACCUCUUUGAAUUUGCAGACUGCUUUGAAAUGCUAUCCGGAAUAUCAGCUUGUAGAAAGUAAUAAAAUUUACUGUUACCAUAAAUAAGACAUUUUAAGUUUAUUGUGCACAACUUAGAUGUUUGAUUAAUUAUAUUAUCUACUUAAAAGCAUAUAAAAGAGGUAGGAGUCUGUUUUAAAAGGCAUAAAAAAUCUCAAAAAAAAAAAACCUGUCUUGUCUACUUUUAGCUUCAUUCUCCCAUAUUUUGAAGGGUGUGUAACUUCAGCUCUGCAGGAUUGCAUGGGGUAAAACUCGUUGACAGCGCAUGUGAACCAUUGCUACAUUGUAGGUUGUGAUCAUUUUGCCCCACUGAAGCCCAUGUAACUGACCUUACGUGCCUUUUGAACUAGGAGAAUCGGGCUAUAAUUUAUUAAUGAUGAUAAUGAUAAUGUAUAUGUACAGCACUUUUUAACCUUACAAAGUGCUUUCCAAUUCGUGUUAGUUAUUAGUUAUUACAGCUGUAAGGAUAAAACACGUCAUGUGGAUUCAUUUUUAAUUGGUGCUAUUGGUAUUUCCUCUGUUCUUGCUAAUAAAUGGAAAUGGUGGUGU